AAAAUUUGCAUUUUACUCUAAAACUGAAACAAGUUAACCGACGUAACAAAACCUGUACCCCACCGACUUAACAUUAACCGGCAAAAAUGACCACCACCGUCGCCGCAGCCACCACCACCGACGCCGUUAACGAAUUCGUAGAAGAAAGCAUCAGCAAAUCGGAAUCUCCCCGCCUCAAAACCCUAGCCGAACAAACAUACAGCUUCUCCGACCUCAAAUCCGCUCUUAAAUACGCCAAACGCGCCCACCGUCUCUGCCCCACCCUCCACGGCCUCUCCGACCUUCUCACCGCCUUCAAAAUACUCACAACCGCCGUCGAUAACACCAUCGGAGCUACCACAACGCCUCAUUGGUACAAAAUCCUUGAUCUAGAACCUUUCUCUCAUAUUAAUUCAAUUAAAAAACAGUAUAAAAAGCUAGCCCUAAUUUUGCACCCUGACAAAAAUUCAACAAGCACGUGUGUUGCGUUAGAAGACGCUUUUAAGCUUGUGAACGAUGCGUUCAGUGUUCUGUCUGAUAAGAUUAGGAGGAAGGAGUAUGAUAUGAGGCUUAGGAUUGAUAUGCAGUGUGAGGCGGUUGCGGCUACAGUGGUGGGGAAUUAUGGUGGUGUGGUGGCGAUGGAGACGUUUUGGACCGCGUGUACGUGUUGUAGGUUGUUGCAUGAGUUUGAGAGGAGGUAUUUGGGGCAUAGUCUGAUGUGUCCGAAUUGUAAGAAGAGUUUUGAGGCGGUGGAGGCGGAUAGCGGUGAGAAGGUGGUUACGGAUGCGGUGGAUGAUGAUGAUGAUGAGAUUUUGAGUCGGAGCGAUUUGAAGAGGAAAAUGAGUAGUGUUGGAGAUAUUAUGAAGAGGUCUGAGCGAGUUAGAAAGAGCAUAGUCACAUGGUUUGUGGUACGCUCCGGUACGGGAACGUGAAACGGGGUCGCAAUUCGCUAGGUCUCUAAAAUUCGGUACGAUCGGGGGUAGACUCAUUUCGGAUCGCUUCGGUACGAUUUACCAUAUAAUAUGGUAUGAUGUACAUGUUGAAGUUAACUAUAAAUAAGUUGGAGGUUCUUAAAACCAAGAUCUUAACAUAGUUUGGAUAAGCAAUACCAACAUCCUUCAAAGCAAGAUCUUGACAUACAUGAAGAGAAAACUUGAAAACAAACUUGAUAGAAAUUGGCCGGAUUAUCUUCAAAGUUUCUCUACGGCACAAACCGCUCUGAAUUAGAGAAAAUGGACCUCACCAUAGUGUUCGGAACGUCGAAAUUAGCAGACAAAGUGUACCUUUGGCCAGAAAACGGUCGCCGAAAGGUUCGCCGGAAAACCGCCGC